CUUUCUCUCUCUCUUUCUAUCUUCCCCACUUCUACAAGAACCCGUUCUCUCUCUCUCUCUCUCUGUUUCUCUCACUAACACAACCCUCCAAUUUGCUCUUUUAAGUUCUCUCUCUCUCGAGACCCAGGACCCAUUCUCACCUCCAAGCACGCCCCCUCUCUCCUUCUUCUCAUCCCUCUCUCUCCCCACCUCUCUCUUGCUCUCUCUGCUGUUUCGGUGAAAAACAGAGCGCUCUGAUGCAGCAUUUCAAGCUGGCGAUCGAGAACCAGGACAGCGCUGUCUGGGAAAUCAAGCCUAAGAACAGGCGAAUCAUGGGCGGUGGCGGUCCCGACGAAGAAGACAACAAUAGGUGGCCACAAUGGUUGAAGCCUCUGCUCCAAGAGAGCUUCUUCGUACAAUGCAAGAUACACGCGGAUUCUCACAAGAGCGAGUGCAACAUGUUUUGCUUGGAUUGCGUCAACGGCCCUCUCUGCUCUCUCUGCCUCGCUUCUCACAAGGAUCAUCGCACAAUACAGAUAAGGAGGUCGUCGUACCAUGAUGUGAUCAGAGUCUCGGAGAUACAGAAGGUAUUGGACAUCACAGGGGUUCAGACCUACAUCAUAAACAGCGCGAGGGUCGUCUUCUUGAACGAGCGGCCUCAGCCUAGGCCUGGCAAAGGCGUCACCAACACUUGCGAGGUGUGCGAGCGAAGCCUCCUCGAUUCCUUCCGGUUCUGCUCUCUGGGCUGCAAGAUUGUGGGGACAUCGAAGAAUUUCGUGAAGGAGAAGAGGAACCUCAGGAGGUCGUCAAUGGUGUCUGACGACGACUCCGAAGACUCGUACAGCAGCAGCAGCCGCCCCGCUGGUGCCGGCGGCCAUGGGGGGCGGCGCAGGGCGAGCAAGAAAGUCCAGAGCUUCAGCCCGUCGACGCCCCCUGCGACGGCCCCGAGUUUCCGGAUUGCCAAGCGGAGGAAGGGGAUUCCCCACCGAUCCCCGACCGGGGGAUUCGUCAUAGAAUAUUAGGCCCACUGAUGAUGACGACGACGAUCGUAAACUUUAGAAGGAACGUAAUCGCCCCCUCUCGUCUUCAGUCGUUUUAACUUAAAGCCGUAUAUGUAUAUAGAAGAAGAAGAUGAAGGAAGCAUGUCAAAAGACGGUAGGAAAGUGCAGGAAAACAGAAGCAAAUAAGGAAAAUAAACGCCGGCGGCUGUAAUGGCGAAGUGGUAAAAAAACUGUCGGAUGAAGCAGGAAAAACAUCAUGUGAUUAUAUAUGGGUUGCUUUCUUUUCUUUCGUUUCUGGUUGUUUUUUUAGAGUGGUUGAUGUGUAAAACAUAAGUUUUGGCAGAAGAUGUAUAUAAGAAGGCGGUUGUUGUGUAGGCGGAGGAUGCGUACGCAGCUCCCCAGCAAUGAAGUACUUAUGCGAAAAAAACCCAAAACGAAAAAGCUUGUGAUCUCGUCC